ACUGGAAGCAAAGGCACCCCCAAUAAAAAAUAAUAACAAUAAGCACCCCCCUUCCCUCCUGCCCCCACACCUUCUUCUCACUGCAUUUCCAUCAUCCUCAUCCUCUCCUCUCCCUUCCUAUGUAUUCAGGAUGAGCAGCAAAGAAGAGGCCACUAAGUGCGCCCCAGCCACACUCUCCAGCUUCACCAUACAGUCCAUCCUGCACGGCACCACAUCCAACCGGGGGCGAGCAAGUGCCAAGCCUUAUGCCAGGGCAUCCCUGACAUGCAGCGAGCCAAGCCCCAGCGCCUCCUCCGACGAGGAAGAGCAGGAGGAGGGAUGGAGGGAUCACCGCUGUUUCUGCUCCAAAUCAGGCAGCAAGGAGCCGAGGGACCAAACCCCCCACACCUACAGCCCCCACACCUGUCUCAACAAUGCACAAGGACCACACAGUACAGAGAGGACCCAGCUGCCCUCUCCGUCUCAGCAGGACUAUACCGGGGAGAAGGAGAGACAUUUAACCCCCAGCACUCCCUUUCCAGGAGACAGGCAGAGAGAUCCUGCGGACAGGCAGAGAGAUCUUGGGGACAGGCAGAGCAGUGCCAAGAAGAAGACCCGGACAGUGUUCUCCAGGAGCCAGGUCUACCAGCUGGAGUCCACCUUUGACAUGAAGAGGUAUCUCAGCAGCUCGGAAAGGGCUUGCCUGGCCUCCAGCCUGCAGCUGACAGAGACCCAGGUCAAGACCUGGUUCCAGAACCGAAGGAACAAAUGGAAAAGGCAGCUCUCCGCUGAGCUGGAGGCUGCCAACAUGGCACAUGCCUCAGCGCAGACUCUGGUGGGGAUGCCGCUGGUAUUCAGAGACAAUUCACUUCUGAGGGUGCCAGUGCCCAGGUCAAUCGCCUUCCCAGCCCCCCUGUACUAUCCAGGCAGCAACAUGUCCCUACCUCUGUAUAACCUAUACAACAAGCUGGAGUACUGACUGUGCCCCCCUCCCACCUCCCCCGCUGCCAGCCCCAGCAGCUAGGGUGCUCAGACCACAAAGGAAAAUACACCAUGUGUAUGUGUCUACCAUUAUUUGCAGCACCAUGUUGUAUGUAUUUAUUUAGACAGGUAUUUGACUAUAUAUAUAUAUAUAUAUAUAUAUAUAUAUAUAUAUAUAUAUACACAUAUAUAUAUAAAGCAAGGCCCCCUUCCUUAUUCCACGUGUCUCUUAAAGUGUUCUGGAGAGCUGCUCGUACAAGAAAACACAGGUUAUUAUUAACCCUUGCCCUGCCGGGGGGUGCCCAGCCUUGCCCGUGUUCCUGGUGUAGGCGAACAAAAGUGUUUAUGUAAAUAAUAUUUUUUAAAAAUAAAUAAUAACUUUUAUCCCCGUUGGUACUAUGGGUUUCUUGACGGCUAAUCGCAUGUAGAAAUGAGUGGAUGAGGAUGCUGAGUGGAGUUACUAAUCCGAUUUCACGUACACUAAUGUGGAUUAUGUGAAUAUUGUCCCUUUAAUCACAGUAAUAAUAGUAAAUCGCAGCCGGUACGAUAAGAAUGUGUCAUUAGCACAACGAAAAUGUUUCUAGACGGUGAUUUGCUAAUCCGAUACCCAAGCUAUAUUUACCAAAGAAACGUGUAUUAUCAGCAGUAAAAUAAAUGUAUAAUCGUCUAACUACUGAGAUUGGAGAAGCAUCGA